UCAGGUGAGCCCGGCUUCUUCCGCUCCUCGUGGAUUUGGCCGGAGUCGCCUCGUGAGCUGUUGCCGCCGCCGACUCUGAGGUCUCGCCGUGUGGACUCGGGGGUCCGGAGGUCCCAGGCCGCGAGAACGUCACCAUGCCUAAAGCACCAAAGGGAAAAAGUGUAGGACAAGAAAAAAAAGUCAUCCAUCCAUACAGUAGAAAAGCGGCUCAAAUUACGAGAGAGGCCCACAAACAAGAAAAAAAGGAAAAACUGAAGAAUGAAAAGGCGUUACGUCUCAAACUUAUUGGUGAAAAACUGCAGUGGUUUCAAAAUCAUCUUGAUCCCAAAAAAGUAGGAUAUUCAAAGAGAGAUGCUUGUGAAUUAAUUGAAAGGUAUUUAAAUCGGUUCAGCAGUGAGCUGGAGCAGAUUGAGUUACACAACAGCAUCAAGGCCAGGCGGGGCCGGCGGCACUGCGCCCGAGAGGCGGCCAUCAAGCAGACCACGGAGCGAGAGUGGCGGCAGUACAGGGGCUGCGGCCUCGAGAUUCCAGACAUUUUAAAUGCAGGUAAUCUGAAAACUUUUAGGGAAUGGGAUUUUGAUCUGAAGAAAUUGCCAAACAUUAAAAUGAGAAAAAUCUGUGCUAAUGAUGCAGUGCCUAAGAAGUGUAAGAAGAAACCUGUGACAGCUGUAGACAGAGAUUUAGGAGAAUUGGAACUGAAAGAUGAAUCAAGUGACACAGAUGAGGAAAUGACUGCAGUGGCCUAAUUGUCUUUACUUGAGUUGAAAAUAAAUAAUUUGAGAACUUCAA